AUGGUUGAGUACCUCAAUAAGGAUGUUGUCCCCUACUUCAAUGACCAGAAGCAGUGUCUUGGCUACCCUGACAACCAGGAGUGUGUAGUCAUCCUCGACUGCUGGUCGGUCCAUCAAAGCAAAGCCUUUUGCUGGCUUGUGUACAAGAACUGGCCCUGGAUUCGACUUCACUUUAUCCCGGGUGGUACCACUGGCAAAUGUCAGCUGUGCGAUGUCAGGAUUCAGCGCACCUUCAAGCACACGAUCAAGAGGGCACAACAUCAAGACAUGAUCAAUGAGGCACUCGCGCACCUCAACGUUGAUGAUGACCCUGAUCUUUUCAACUUCAAAUUGGACACUCGACUUGCAACACUCUGA